AUGGCCAGUCUUAUAGAGCAAGGGGAAAGUAUAACGCUUGAUCCAUUUGAAGGAUUCGUAGUGAAAACUAAAAUUGUAGACGCAGAAGAUUUAGAGGCCCAUCAAUUGAAGACUAAAGUAUUUAUAAAUAUUUGCUACGAUGAACAAGUACCUAAACCAGGUCAAGAAUUCGAUGCACUGGUGGUAUUCCCCAUGAUAAUCAGCAAUCAAUGGGAAAUUCCCAUCAUAACGUCGCAAGAAAAGACAAAUAAGGACAAGAAGGGUGUACCGUCAUUAGUAUAUGAUUGUUGCAUUAAUAAGGAUUGUUUCACAUGGUGUCAAUUAAACAGUGAUUUAAAAUCAAUUUUAAUUGAAUGGUGUAUAGAAGCGGUGGAAAUAUUAUAUGACAUUACUCUUGAAAGAGAAUAUACUCUCCCCAAAAUGAUUUCAAAGGGAGAAUUAUCCAAAACUGAAAUAUUGAAAAGUGAAAUUGAGGGUAAGGAUAUGGAGAAGGAGUUAAAAAACAUGAAAGAUGAAAGACUUGGAUUAAUUGAAGAAUUAAAAUUUGGUAAAGAUGAAGAUAAUGAUAAUAAUGAGGGUAAAUUCGAACAAUUACCUAAUAUAAUGGAUUUAAAGGGUAAUAAAAAGGGCAAAAUUUUAAUUGAAGAAAUUGAAAUGGAUCACAAAGAAAAAGAUGGUGUGAAUAAAAAUCUGCUGACUUUGCAACCACAAGUACAACCACAAAUAAAUUCAUCAAGAAUUCAAAUUCUUGAUGAAGAAGAAUUGGGAUUAAAAGAAAUUAAAACCAUGAAAUUGGAUGAUAAAAUAGAGAAAAAAGUAGUGGUAGAUUCAAAUAGUUCAAAUUCCAUUCAAUCUUCAAGUUAUGAAAUUAUUAAAAGUGACGAAGGAUUGGUAAUCAAAAUACAUUUACCCAAUUUUCAAACUGAUACCAAAAGAUGGGAAGGUACAGGAGAAAUUGCAAGAACUGAUUUAAGUAUAUCAUACAAUAAGAGUACUAAAAAACUUCUAUUAGAAUCAGGAGAUAUCAAUACCUUAAGUAUAACGUUGACAGAAAACAUAAGUUCUCUCAAAACAUUUUGGAUUGAAAAGGAAAUGACUCUUUAUGUAUUUGCAAGGAACUGUUAA